UAUAACACUCAGUUGCCCAUCGACCGCAGCAACACACAGUUCUAGUUUCAAGUUUUCGCUUUUAAGAAAAAAAAAAAAACAGAAUGCUGCGCGUUUUAAAGACCGGUGCCUUGUUGCGGGCCCAGACCAAGAACUUUGUCGCAGCUGUGGCGCACUACUCCGACCUCCCACAGCCCCAGACCAAGCCCGAAAUUCUCUACACUGGGCUGUUCAUCAACAACGAGUGGCACAAGAGCAAAUCGGGCAAAACCUUCUGCACUGUUAACCCUGCCACAGAGGAGGGUAUUGCCGAAAUCCAGUCCGGUGAUAAGGAGGAUAUUGAUUUGGCUGUCCAGGCUGCCCGUCAGGCGUUCCAGCUGGGCUCCCCAUGGCGCCGUAUGGACGCUUCCGACCGUGGUCGCCUCCUUUACCGUCUGGCUGAUCUGAUGGAGCGCGAUCAGGUUUACUUGGCUAGCUUGGAGACCCUUGACAAUGGCAAGCCAUACAGCGUGGCCUACAAUGUGGAUCUGCCGUUUUCCAUCAAGAACCUGCGCUACUUUGCAGGCUGGGCGGACAAGAUCCACGGCAAGACGAUUCCCAUGGACGGUGACUUCUUCAAUUACACCCGCCACGAGCCCGUGGGUGUUUGCGGUCAGAUCAUCCCCUGGAACUUCCCCAUCUUGAUGAUGGCCUGGAAAUUGGGUCCUGCCCUGGCCACCGGCAACACCAUUGUCCUGAAGCCAGCCGAGCAAACCAGCUUGACUGCCCUUUACAUUGCCCAGCUGGUCAAGGAGGCUGGCUUCCCGGAGGGCGUGGUCAAUGUGGUGCCCGGAUUCGGAAAAACCGGUGCUGCCCUGGCCAACCACUGCGACGUCGACAAGGUGGCCUUCACUGGAUCCACUGACGUGGGCAAGCUCAUCCAGCUGGCCUCUGGCAACACCAACCUGAAGCGCGUGACCCUGGAGCUGGGAGGCAAGUCGCCCAACAUUAUCCUGGCCGACUCUGACCUGGACUACGCCGUGGAGACCGCUCACUUUGGUCUCUUCUUCAACAUGGGCCAGUGCUGCUGCGCUGGAUCCCGUACCUUUGUGGAGGACAAGAUCUACGACGAGUUCGUGGAGCGCAGUGCCGAGCGCGCCAAGAAGCGCACCUUGGGCAACCCCUUCGACCUGAAAACCGAGCAGGGUCCUCAGGUCAACGAGGAGCAGAUGGAGAAGAUCCUGGGCCUGAUCAAGACUGGCGAGAAGCAGGGAGCCAAGCUGGUGGCCGGUGGAAAACGCCCCGAGGGCCUGCCCGGCUACUUCGUCGAGCCAACCGUGUUCGCCAACGUCGAGGACGACAUGACCAUUGCCACCGAUGAGAUCUUCGGCCCUGUGCAGCAACUGAUCCGCUUCAAGAAGCUGGACGAGGUCAUCGAGCGUGCCAACAACUCUGAAUAUGGUCUGGCUGCCGGAAUCUUCACCAAGGAUCUGGACAAGGCCAACUACCUUGUGAACGGCCUGCGUGCCGGCACCGUGUGGGUGAACACCUAUAACGUGCUCGCUGCCCAGUCUCCCUUCGGCGGCUACAAGAUGUCCGGCCACGGACGUGAGAAUGGCGAGUACGCGCUUUCCAACUACACGGAGGUCAAGAGCGUUGUCGUCAAGGUGGCCCAGAAGAAUUCCUAAGCAGCACCAUACAUUUUGCCCUCCGAGAGGGAUGUGAAACGGCUCUGCCUGUUAAGGUGAUUUAAAAUUUUUACUAUAAAUAUCUAAAUUAAAUAAGUGUACAUCUCUAAAUUGAAAUAAAGGCUUCGAAACAUGUAUAGUUAUAAA